ACAACAUGAACGUAGUAUUUGUGUUCCGGUUAGCGUUCAGGUUUUGCGACUAAUAAUCGUGUUUGGCCGAUAACGAUACCUCGUUUCCAUGGUAAUCAGGUAUUCUGUUAUCAAGGGCAAUUGUCAAAAUGCACUUUUUAUCAUAUUCCUCACUUCUUAAAUACACAUCGGUUUACUUAUCUUGGAAAUCUUAUUUCCUAAAAAUGUUUCUUACACUUGGAUAGCAAUACGGAUGAUGCCUCGUUUCCAUGGCAACGAGAUAUUUUUAUGGAUGGCACCAUAUCCAAAAUUAAGCAGAAGAUGCUACUGUACAUGUGUGCCAAGUUUCAUUCUUGCAUCCAAAAGUGCACAAUUCUAUUAUAUUUGAGGUCUAAUCCGCUGGACUAAACUAAAUUAUAAACACGUCGUGCGUAUAUGAGAACCACUAUUUAUGUUUAUUACAUUUUGCAGAUGCGAUAAAAGAUACAAUUUUGUCCGGAUAUACUAAAUAAAUGAAUGUGCCGAGAUAAUUCCAAUUAGAGUUAGAAUUCACAAUAGUUUGCAGAAGGAUUGUAACGUCAAACAGAUUUAGAUUACAGUGUUGCGAGGUGAUAUAACUUUCGCACUGAUAUAUACUUGAAACUCAGCAGUGUCAGACACAGUAAACUAAGCAAUUUUUAAUUACUAAGUUUAAAAUCCCUGUUUUAUCUAAAUCACGUAAAACUAGGAAUCUUAUUGAUAUCUGAUAUAGAAAACAUACAGAAAUAUAAUACAAGAUUAAAGUACUAUUGCAAAUUAACAUUGCUCCGAUUAGUUCAGAACUUCGACUCCGUUAUAAAAUAAAAUUCAUAAUAUUUUUAGAUUGAAACCACAAUUUAUUCUUUCAAGUAUAUACGUGAAAUUUAUUCCAGAUACAAAACGAAUACAAUGAUUCGCCAUUUUGUGGCUUUACUCAUUUUAGGGUUUGCUAGCAUGGUGUAUUGUAAUUUGUGUCAAUGUCAGCCGAGGUGGUCUUACUCUCCGUGUAAAGAGAGUAGAGUAAUAUGCAGACAGCAGACUUGUCACGUGAUUAGGAGGGAUCCGAAUGGGAAUGAAAUAGGUUUACAAGCUUCUUGUUGCUAUAUCACAGCAUCCAGUCCUCAGAUAUGUGAAGAUAAAUGCAAAUGCAUAGAUAGCAUUGUGGUUCAAGUAUACCAGGGGUAUCCAUACAAUGUGCCACAAUGUGUGUGUGCUAAAGAUUACUGAUCCAGUUACAUUCGAAUGUGCAUCUCCAUUCGUUUGAUAUGAAAGUCGUUGAAUACAAUAAAAGAAUAAAAGUGUCUUUGAUAUACUUUCUGUGUUAGCAUGAAGUUGGGAUUAGUUUUAGAAGGCUUGUAAGUUUUGAAUGCUAGACGCAGUUGAACAUCAUUUACAAUUGUAGGAAGA